AUGGAUGGUGCAGGCGGUGCCAUUAAUGCCACAAGGGCAUGCUUUCCAGACGCUGCCUUGCACCGGGACUUAGAACACAUAAAAAAGGACGUCAAGCGCACUGGAAGCAAGAAGAAGGUUGACUCAGAGCUGACAAUGGAGAUAACGGAAAUCAUCCAGUUCAGCGCCAAAGUCGCACAUCCACUUCAGUUCCAUGUCAUCUGGGAGGACACAUUACGAAGGCUGCGCGACCCAGAAGAUUGGAAUCAGGAGACAUUUGCGGAUUACUUGGAGAAGUGGAUCUUGCAGAAAAAGGGCUUGUGGUGGAGCGCAGAUUGGCAGAGCGGUCUCGGUCAAGUGUGCCCUGGUUACGGUACCUAUGUCUCGAAGGCCCAAGAGCGGGCUUGGCGUUCGAUCAAAGGGCUUUUCAAGAAAGGCUUUCGACACCAGGACGUGAGCCAGUUGGUGCGAGAAACAUCGUUGACCUUGCUGACUCUAGUGCGCGGAGGACACUAUGCCAAAGCGUGCUUUCAGGUUGAGGAGCCUCCUGCGUCACUUGCAUACAGUGCUAAGAGGCUAAAGUCCGAGCAAGAUGACGAAGGAAAUCAGUCGCACCGGCUUACACUGGACUUGAUGCAGCAGUGGCGAGAGAAGGAAGGUGACGAGAAUACCUUCCCCAAGUACGACACUGCAGCCCGAGUUUUGGUAGACCGUCUCACGGUGGACGUCACUUCACUCGUCGUGAUGCCAAAGUACAAACUGGAGUAUGCCAAAAGCAAGAAGCGAGACAUGGACCAGCGAUUGGACUUGGCACUCUCUUCUUUGUAUGAAGAUGGUGAAGCUGCUUUUCGCACUGCGUUGGGAAACCCAAGGCAGUGGUCCUUUUCCAUGCACAAGAAACUGUUUUAUAAGUACACUGUGCUGUAUGUGCUCAGCACCGGCCGCGUCGUGGAUGAACAUCCACAUUUUGUGCACAGUAGCUGCAGCGAGCACGCUUUCUUUUACAACUCCGUCUUAG